AUCAUGGGUAUACGACCCUUGCUACCAGCGUGACUCUGCUAAAAGCCUCAGAGGUGGAAGAGAUCCUGGACGGCAACGAUGAGAAGUACAAGGCUGUGUCCAUCAGCACGGAGCCCCCCACCUACCUCAGGGAACAGAAGGCCAAGAGGAACAGCCAGUGGGUGCCCACCCUGCCCAACAGCUCCCACCACCUGGACGCCGUGCCGUGCUCCACCACCAUCAACAGGAACCGCAUGGGCCGGGACAAGAAGAGAACCUUCCCCCUCUGCUUUGAUGACCACGACCCAGCUGUGAUCCACGAGAACGCAUCCCAGCCUGAGGUGCUCGUCCCCAUCCGCCUGGACAUGGAGAUUGACGGGCAGAAGCUGCGGGACGCCUUCACCUGGAACAUGAAUGAGAAGCUGAUGACCCCCGAGAUGUUUUCAGAAAUCCUCUGUGACGACCUGGAUCUGAACCCACUGACGUUCGUGCCGGCCAUCGCCUCCGCCAUCAGACAGCAGAUCGAGUCCUACCCCACGGACAGCAUCCUGGAGGACCAGUCAGACCAGCGUGUCAUCAUCAAGCUGAACAUCCACGUGGGAAACAUCUCCCUGGUGGACCAGUUUGAGUGGGACAUGUCGGAGAAGGAGAACUCGCCAGAGAAGUUUGCCCUGAAGCUGUGCUCGGAGCUGGGGCUAGGCGGGGAGUUUGUCACCACCAUCGCAUACAGCAUCCGGGGACAGCUGAGCUGGCAUCAGAAGACCUACGCCUUCAGCGAGAACCCCCUGCCCACAGUGGAGAUUGCCAUCCGGAACACAGGCGACGCUGACCAGUGGUGCCCACUGCUGGAGACCUUGACUGACGCCGAGAUGGAGAAGAAGAUCCGCGACCAGGACAGGAACACGAGGCGGAUGAGGCGUCUGGCCAACACUGCCCCAGCCUGGUGACCCUCCUGUUGGCGCUCAGCUUUCACGAAGCAGCUCAGAAGAUUGGACCCCUCCCCUUCCUCUUCUGAUCAGGAGAGGGGCAGUGGACAGCCGGUGCCAUCUGGAGGAAUGGGGCAGGGGCCUGGACCCCCUGGGUCACCCUUCCCAGCCAUACCUCGCAUCUGCUGAGCCCCAGUCCUGUUUCCCCACUCAUUAGCCCCCUACCCCAGUGUCUGGGGCCAGAAAGAAGCCUCGUUUUAGGUUGUGUUUUGUUUUUGUAUGAGAGCCCCAGGCAGGGCUAGCAACACUUUUUAAAUAAAAGGCAACAGGUCA